AUCUUAAAAUCUUGGGUUCCAGAGUAUCCUUGUUUUGUUUUGUUGAGCUGAGAAAUACGUAUAAUCGCAUAUUCCUUAUUUUCGCUGACAUAAACUUGUUCAAACCCCCUCAACCUUGUACUUUUAAUUCUGCCAACACCAAGCUCACACAUUUCUUGAUUCAUAUUAUAUUUACUCAUCAACCCUUUUUCAGGAUUGAAUCGUUUUGAUCGAUAUGCGGAAUAAUUGGUUGUUUCCCCGGGAUCAUGAUGUUUGGUCUUCUUAUAUGUUUCCGGUGGAACCCCUUGUAAACCCCAAUCUAUUUACCAGUAUUAGUUCAUUUGUCGACAAUUCAAGAUACUUUUGUGUUUCCGGAAGUUUGGCUCUACAGGAUGCUUUUAAUUGUAUGUCAAAGUUUACUGGCGCAGUGUUGUUAUGGUUUGCCAGUGGAUCGAGGUCUAGUAUAAAUUUUAAUCUACCUGGUGACCAUGGUGUAUCGAACAGAGGAAGAUGUAGACCUUGUACGCAAGUAAACCGCUUUACUGGCCAUAGUCUUUCUGGUUUUGGUCACAGUUUUAGAUUACAGGGUGAAUCUUGCAUACCCUUGAUUUUCGAAAAGAUUUCGAAUUUCAGUGUGAGACAACUGCACAAACAUGCCGAACAGCUUCAAACUUUUCCUAUGAUCUCAUUAGCUGCAGCUUUGAUACCGCCAUUCAACAAUGAAUCCCAAAAUGUGGUAUGUGUCCCCCAUGAGAAUGAUGAUGUGCUGAUGCAGAAAUGCGUUGAACAAGGUCCCUGUGAUUUUGAGCACCGUGGAUGUGAUCUCUGUUUAUCUACUUUAAACACAAGACACGCAGUUGAGCCCGUUACUGGCAUUGAGUUCCCAGCUAUAUUGGAAAACACUUCAGAUGGAGAGACCAACUCCAAUUGGCUUUCAGAGGUGCUUGUUGGAACUGGAUCCAGAACAAUGAAAAUAAUAAAAAUUAAGUCUCUGAAGCUUUAUGCAUUUGGUUUCUAUAUACAUCCUUUUGAUGUUUGUGAGAAGUUGGGCCGGAAAUAUUGCUCUAUUCCAGCAAGUGAACUACAUAAACAUCGUUCCUUUUAUCAGGAUCUUCUCAGGGAGGACAUUAGCAUGACGAUUAAACUCGUGGUUAGCGUCAAUGGGAUUAAAAUUAGUACAGUUAGAAGUGCUUUUGAGAAAUCUCUUCGAGCUCGAUUGAUGAAGACAAACCCAGCCAGUGAUUUUGACUGUGUGAGAAAAUUUGGUUCUCUAUUUGCUGAAGAUAUUCCUAUACGUGCGGGAACAACUAUCCUUUUCAAGAGAACAGCAGAUGGAUAUUUGAUUACAGAGAUUGAAGGCUAUCAAAUUGGAGCAGUACAAAGCAAGGAUUUGUGCAGGGCUUUCUUUGAUAUGUACAUCGGAGAUGUUCCUGCCUGCGAACAAACAAAAGAAGAAAUAGGGAGAAAUGUAGCAAGUAUGAUGAGGAGGUGCUAAGCAACAAUUCGUUGUCUCUCUUCUUUCGUUAGAUUGGUAGACAGUGAUCUGGUUUUAUGUGCUUGGUGGGAACUGGUUCAGGGCGGCAUCGGCCUUCACAACUAACAUGCAAUAGGCUUCAUACACUGCAAAAGUAUACAGAAUGCAUACUGCCUGGUUUUUGAAUAUAUAUGCUGGUAUUACAGAAGUUGUUCAUCAUUUCAAUCUGUAGCGGAAUAGUCUCUUCUAUAUUUUCAUCUUUCUUGAAAUCUCCUGUACAUUGUGCAAACCCUUUUUCUUUUGCUAAUACAAUUUAGUUUCUUAAACUACUGUAAAUGUUGAUGGAUUAUAUCUUAAUUCCAAUAGAUUUGAAAAGGCAGUACUAGCCAUA